UUUUCCUCAUCCUGCAGACGGCGAGUCUCUGAGCAGAACAUCAUCCAGUCUACAGUUCUUUAGUCCAUCCUGGUUCUUCAGAGGAUUAAAGAGUCUUCAGAGCAGCAUCAGAACCAGUCUGACCAGUCUAACCACAGCAGCUCCAGGAACUGGGAGAGAUAAUAACGGCUCUAUUGUCUCCAUCAGGAACUAUCACUAGUAUUAUUAUUAUUAGUUUCCUGCAGGAACUGCAGACAGGGAGGACUGAACUGAUCAUCUACUGGAACAACUGCUUUUAUUAUUAACUGAAGGAGAUAAAUCCCAAAAGGAUGAAAGGUCUUCCAGGAGGUGAAUCCAGACCUGAACAGUCUGACUGAGAUGUGAAUGUAACAGGACAGAAGCAAUGGGGAGCUCCGUCCUCCUGCUGGCCGGCCUGGUGUCCACGCUGGGCGGUCUGGUCUUCGGUUACGAGCUGGGCAUCAUCUCCGGCGCUUUGCUGCAGCUCAAAGCCGAGUUCAGGCUCUCGUGCGUCCAGCAGGAGGCGCUGGUCAGCUCUCUGCUGGUCGGAGCUCUGCUCGCCUCCGUCGUGGGCGGCUGGCUGAUCGACCACCGCGGCCGCAGGACCUCCAUCCUCCUCGGCAACGUGUUGCUCCUGACCGGCAGCAUGGUGCUGCUCGUCGGCUCCUACUGGGCUCUGGUGGUGGGCAGGAUGACGGUGGGCUUCGCCAUGUGCAUAUCCUCCAUGUCCUGCUGCAUCUACGUGUCCGAGAUGGUGACCCCGGACCGCAGGGGCCUCCUGGUGACGCUGUAUGAGGCUGGGAUCACUGUGGGCAUCCUGGCAGCGUACGCCAUGAACUACAUCCUGUCUGACUCUAGCGGAGGGUGGAGGUGGAUGUUUGGGUUCGCCGUCGUACCGACUGUGAUCCAGCUGCUCUCCAUCUGGUUCCUUCCAUCCAGCACCGAGGAGUCUUUGUGCCAAAGAGACCUCGUGAGUUCAGAUGUCUGCUCCAGCGUGGACAACAGGAAGUACAACAGCGUGUACCUGUUCCAGCGUAAAGACAACAUGAGGACUCGGACCGUCAUCGGCCUCGGGCUGGUUCUGUUCCAGCAGUUCACGGGUCAGCCGACCGUCCUCCUCUACGCCUCCACCAUCCUCCACUCGGUGGGCUUUCAGAGCGACGCCUCGGCCGUGCUGGCGUCCGUCGGUCUGGGCUCGGUCAAAGUGAUCGUCACUCUGACCUCCAUGGUGUUUUCGGACCGGGUGGGCCGGAGGCCGCUGCUCAUCAGCGGAUGCUCCGUCAUGGCGCUGUGUCUCAUAACCAUCGGACUCCUCAGUGGACCAUCAUCGAUGAACGCUGAGAGAGCGUGUAGCUCUGAGGACUUCAGCGUUAACAGGACAGACCUGCCUCCUUUACCUGUCGUCAAUCAGUCAGCUGUUGACUCACCUUUAGAUAGAAGACUCUUCAACAACACACAAGAUGAAGCUGUUGAUGAAGUCAGACAGAAACCAGCCGUCUCUCCUCCGGACUCUCCUCCGGCGUCUCCUCCGGCGUCUCCUCCGGCUUCUCCUCCGGACUCUCCUCCCAGCGUCCUCGGCUCAGUGGUGAACUGGAUCAUUCUGGUGUGUUUGAUGGCGGUUGUCAGCGCGUACUCCGCUGGAUUUGGACCAAUGACCUGGCUCCUCCUGACGGAGAUAUUCCCGGCUGCUAUCAGAGGAAGAGCGUUCGCUUUCACCAACUGCUUCAACUGGGCCGCCAACCUGCUGCUCACCUUCACCUUCUUGAAUUUCAUCGAUGCCGUCGGUCUGUCGGGGGUGUUUCUGGUGUACGGGAUGACCUCGGUGGCGGCGGCGGUUUUCUUCUACGUUAUGUUACCAGAGACUAAAGGCAAGACUCUGGAGGAGAUCGACAAGGAGCUACGCUCAAACAAGUUUUACCGCGGAGAGGAGUGCUAUCGCAUCAUCAGCUGGAGAAACACGUCACCUCAGUACCAGAGAGUGUCUCUGUCCAGUUAACCCUUCAGAGUGACUCAUUAUAUGAUGUCAUAUUGACAUAAAUACCAUCUGAGUUUUACA